AACGCAUCGACACAAGAGAUGGGACUCAUUAGGCGCUGCGUGGAAGUGGAUUGCCGGAUCGCCCGAUGCACAAGAUCUACAGAUCAUUAACUCUACAAUGAAUGAUAUCAUCGAUCAGAUUACCCAGCAAUACAGAGUUAACGAAAACAUCAACAACCGGAUUUCGAAACUGACGCAAGCAAUCAAUCAAAUAGCCAGCGCUCUAAACCCCCAGAAUGGAUUGGACGUUAUGCAAGCAAUUACCACAAUGUUGAACAUGGACGUCAUUAAUGAACUCCUCGACAAUAUCCAGGAAGCAAUCACCCUCAGCAGAAUUUCCGUUAUUAACAACAAAAUUUUAUCAACACGAGAAAUAAACGCGAUCAAAACCGCUCUUCAAGACCAAGGAGUGAAGAUAAAUUUUCCGGACGAAGCCCUACAGUUUGUUACUCCAAAAAUUGCCGUGAAAGAAGGAGACUUGUUGUACAUACUCCAUGUUCCAGAAUUGGAAAACGCAACAUCUACAAUUGUGAGGAUAUACCCGCUGAUCGUAAAUAAUCAAAUGAUAAAAUCGUACCCAAGCCACAUUAUACGGCGUGGGCCAAAACUUUUCGAAACAGAUAAGCCCGAAGACUUCGUACAGAGAUCAUUCCACACUAAAGAAUUCGAAGAUAAAUGUAUUAGACCACUAAUACUGGGAAAACAAUCACAUUGUACCUCAGUUCACAAAAAUGAAACUACCCAACAGCUAAUAAACGAAAACACCUUAUUAAUUUCAAACGCUAAAAAUCACACACUAGAAUCCAAUUGUGGACCCGAUAAUAGAACCAUCACUGGCAAUUUCAUCAUCAAGUUCGCGAACUGUACGGUUAAAUUCAAUAACCAUAAAUUUCAUAAUUCGGAAACCAUGGUGGAUACAGAAAUCCUGCAUGGAGCAUUCCACAAUAUUUUGAUCAAUUGGACCAUUCAAAACCAACCUAAUAUAAAGGAAAUCCACGACACAGCCAUCAACAAUAGAAGGAAGUUAGACCACGUUUAUUUGCAACAAAGUAGCCUUCGCUUCAAUCUAUGGAUAACGUUUGGAGGAAUAUCUCUUUCGACAGCGAUUUGCUUCAUUAUAAUAAUCCUCAUUCUGAGAAACAUCAAUCCUUGCCUAAUGUUCAAUUUUAGGAAAAAGCAGCAACCAAAUGUCGACCCGGGACGGCUCGAACUUGAGGAGGGGGUAGUUACGAACGCGAUUGAGAAGCUAAAAGCCCAACAACAACAAAUCGCAGCAACCCUGGCUGCGAUGGAAGUUUAACAACAACAAUAACAACAACAACAACGUGCUACGAUUAUUCGCACUCCGCGAGUUGUAUCGAGAGCAACAGAACUCAGCGUACUACCUAUCGAUGCGAUAGCACCGAGAGUGCCGAUUUAGCAGAAUGGGCAUAAUGACCCUUGGACAGCUACGACGACGACGACGGC